AUGGAUUCCCCAAUUGUGGCUCAACUUUUUCGACAGCUCUUCCACCAUCGUCCUCCGGGCUGCAAGGGCAUCAGGAACCUCCCCCGCAUCCGCAAUGGCCUCCGAACCACUGCUAUCGUCGGCCAUAGCCAGAGCCGCUUCUACGUUGCGGGACGGCCCUCUAGUGAUCGCGGAAUGAAGAAGAACGAGAGUCGAUGGCAGCAACGGACGAAUAUCUUGCCCCAGGAUCGAUCUGCAGAGUUCGCAGAGUACCCUUACAUAUCUGCGGCGGAGCUCAAAGAACGAACAGAACGGCCGCGCAAGGUCAAGAUGCUACUAAGAGACUUUAUUGACGGCAAGCUACUCUUACCCAAACGUCUUUACAACCCUUCAUAUGGCUACUUCUCCAAACAGGCCGUCAUUUUCAGUCCCGGCGAGCCCUUUGACUUCAACUCGAUGCGCGACGAGAUCGAGUUCCAAUCCGAGCUAGGCCGUCGAUACACCGAAUUUGAGGACAUACUCGACGACCGUGAGGGCGAGAAUCCAACACGCCAGCUAUGGCAUACACCCACCGAGCUCUUCCGUCCCUACUACGGCGAAGCCAUCGCCCGCUACCUCGUCGCCAACUACCGCCUCAGCACAUUCCCUUACGAUGAUCUCCUAAUCUACGAGAUGGGUGCCGGUCGCGGAACCCUCAUGCUUAACAUCCUCGACUACAUCCGCGAAGUCGACCCCCAAGUGUAUGCUCGUACCAAGUUCAACAUCAUCGAGAUCUCAUCUACCCUCGCCGCUCUCCAGAAUAGACAUCUAUUGUCGACGGCUGCAUCUCGGGGUCACGCAGACAAGGUCGAGAUCAUCAACCGAUCCAUUUUCGACUGGGAUCGGCCUGUCCCUUCGCCGUGCUUCUUCCUCGCUAUGGAAGUCUUCGAUAACUUUUCCCACGACGGUAUUCGCUACGACAUCACCACCGAGGAACCCCUGCAGGGCCAUGUGCUGAUCGACAGCGAUGGUGACUUUUAUGAAUUCUACUCUCGUGAGCUAGAUCCUCUUGCAGCACGAUACUUCCGAGUUCGUCACGCUGCAACGGCAGGAAACUAUCCCAAGCCGUACCCCAGCAAUGCGGCUCUGCGCUACAUCUCCAGCAAGAUGCCCUUUGCCGCCAAUCUUUCCGAUCCCGAGUUUAUCCCCACUCGGCUAAUGCAGUUCUUUGAUGUUCUCGAAAAGUACUUCCCAGGCCACCGUCUUGUGACAUCUGACUUCGACUGGCUACCUCAAGCUAUCAAGGGAAUGAAUGCGCCUGUUGUUCAGACAAGAUACCACAGAAGGAUGGUGCCCGUCACAACACCUUUGGUUCACCAAGGCUACUUCGAUAUUCUGUUCCCAACAGACUUCCAAACCACGGAAGCCAUCUACCGUGCCAUCACGGGCAAGCUUACCCGUGUUACAUCGCAUGGCGAUUUCAUGCGCAAGUGGGCGUAUGUCGAAGAUACAGAGACUCGAAGCGGAGAGAACCCCUUGAUAUCCAACUACCGCAAUGCCAGUGUUCUUGUAACCGUGUAG